AAAAGAUCGUAGUUUGGGUUAAAACACUCGCGAGGAACGACCACGCGUUUCCUGGGUGAAAGUAUUAAAAUGAUAUUAGAUUUUGCGUCACUCAGCGUCAGUUAGCGGUUUUAUUGUGAAAGGGCCCGCUGACUUCCUGCCCUGAGUCCCAGCAGGCAGCGGCUCGGUUCGUGUUAAAGUUUAGCAGAACUUACCGGACUCUAUCUGGCGCAGGAUCCGCUCCAGCAGGCCGGUGGUCCGCAGCGCCCCGACCACCACGAGCACCGAGUAAUCCACCGCGGGUCCGGGGGAACCGGGAGAAGAAGCUCCGGGACCGCCGCCCCGCUCCGCUGCUGCUGCUGCCGCCGCCAUCAUGGUUUCGGACAGUCCACGAGUGACGUCGACCGAUCGUUAGCCCCGCCCCGCUGUUGUUAAGAGGCGGGAAAGUGAUUUAACUGGCAUACGCGGCAGCCAAUCAGAGAGGAGAACAGAGCAGCUGAUGGCCAAUCAGAAGAGAGGAGUGCAUUAGGUUUUUCCGACAGUUGGAUGAGCACUCGAACGCAGCACGCAGCGUCACUACGUCACUGUCCAACAUGGCGGCGCCGCUGCCCGGCAGAUGCGGCUUCUUCGUGGAGAAGAAGAAACGUUUCUGUAAAAUGAUCGUCGCGAGAGGAAAAGUGUUCUGCGGAGAGCACGCGACCCAGGAGGAGGGAGGCAGCAGCAGGAGGAUCACAUGUCCUCUGGACCCCAAACACACUGUGAGUGAAGACCAGCUGGACAAACACCUGAAGAAGUGUAACUCCAGAGAGAAGCCGAAGCCGGUUUACUAUGUGGAGAACAUCAACUCUGGACCAGCUGAUGGAGACGAGACCCUCCCUCAGGUGAGUCUGUGUGAGCGUAGCCGGUCAGAGCUUCAGUCUCUGUUGGACAAACUGAAGACAGCCGUCUCAGGUCUGCAGUGUGAGGUGGAGGACAGCGUUCUGUCUCAUCCCGUCCUCCAGGAGGAACUCAACAACCCGAAGAACGGAGACUCCGCCCACAAACACCUCAGGCAGCAGUCGUCCAUCUUAGGUCACCUGGAGGCGCUGGGGCUGCUGGGAAGGGGGCGGUGCUUCGUGGAGUUUGGGGCUGGGCGAGGGAAACUGUCUCACUGGAUCCACGAAGCCCUGAAGACCCCGAAGACCCCAGAGAACCAGGAGACAUCAGAGACCCCAGAGACCCAGGAGGAUGUGCAGAUUCUGCUGGUGGAGCGCUGCAGCACUCGCUUCAAGGUGGACGGGAAACAUCAGGACGGUGGAGUUGAGUUUGAGAGGCUGCAGGUCGACAUUCAACAUCUGGAUCUGAGUAAAGUGCCACUGCUGCAUCAGAAGAAGCUCCCUCUGGUCGGAGUGGGGAAACACCUGUGUGGAGCAGCAACAGAUCUGGCUCUGCGCUGUCUGAUGGAGACUCCUGGACCCAGAGAGCAGACAGAGCCGCCCCCCAAACGCCUCAGAACCUCAGACCCAGAACCAGAACCAGAACGAGACACAGAACCAGAACCAGCCCCAGCCGGCGGUCCCGGCCCGGUUCUGGGCGUGGCGGUGGCGCUGUGCUGCCACCACCGCUGCGAGUGGCGCCACUACGUUGGGCGGAGCUUCUUCCUGCAGCGAGGACUCGGAGCCACAGAGUUCUCGGCCUUCUGCCGCAUGUCCAGCUGGGCCACCUGUGGGCUCAGACCGGCCAAUCAGGACGCUCCACCUCAGGGUCAGGAGCCCACCAAUCAGAGAGGAGAAGAAGAGCACGAACCGGCAGAGGAGGCUGACGCGGUGAUUGGGUUCCUGACGGCGGCCGAGCGCGAGCACGUGGGCCGUCUCUGUAAGCGUCUGAUCGAUGGCGGCCGACUGGACUUCCUGGAGACGCACGGCUUCACCAGCAGACUGUCUCGCUACGCCAGCAGGCAGCUGACCCUGGAGAACAUCCUGCUAACUGCUGUCCCACAGGCCCCGCCCACAUCCUGAGAGACAGACAGGCAGGGAGAGAGACAGACAGGCAGGGAGACACUUUCUGUCUGUCUGAGACCAAAACAGGAUAGACAGACUCCACCUGAGUUUGUACAAAAGUGUUUUUAUUUGAAGUUAAAAUUAAAUUGUGUCGAGAUGUUUUUAAGUUCUGCAGAAAUGAAAAGAUAGACUCAAAACAUGACCUCAUAACAUUUCAUAAACAGAUUUCAGCCUGGAGAAUCAUGAAUGAAUGAAAGAAUGAAGAGACUUUGAUGUGAGUCUUCUCCAGAAGAAGAAAUGCAGAGGGACAGGUUGUAGUUUGCUGAGUCAUCGUUUGGUUCUGAAAGGACUACAAACUCCAGAAGGACUACAGACUGAGACAGGAAACCCAAAGACUCUGCCUGACUUUGUACAGAAGGUUUUUUAUUUGGAGUUAAAGUGAACAUGUGUUGACAUGUUUUUCAUUAAAGUGUUUCCACGUCUUUA